AUGAGGAUUCUUCAGCAGUCACAGUCGGAUGUAUAUCCAAAUCUGAUUGAUCGACUUCUGAAACACUUGACCCCAGACAAUGGUGAACAGUGGACAUCCCAGCAAAGCAUGCGCCAACUGCCGGAAGAGGAAGAUCAAGACACGUUACCCUACCAGCUGGACAUGGACGUCGUGACCCGAGCAGUGUCGUUCUUUUUCUCCCAGUAUGUACAUCAACCUCCAACACCUUGCGGGAAAUUUCAACCUGGGUCAUUCCAAUAUCUCCCGUCCCUGUACGCUCGGAGUCGACCAGAUGGACCCCUGGUUCCGAUCGUCCAUGCGGCCGCGCUCGCCAGUUAUGCCAAUGCGGGCAACGUUCCCCACUGGACACUGGAAAGCUACCGAUUGUGCGGGCUGGGCAUCCUGAGAUGUAGACAUGCACUUGGAAAUCUAGUCGAGAGAAAGUCAAAUGAGGUUCUUGCCAGCAUCAUGCUGCUUGGCGUCUAUGAGACUAUUGUCCUCAAGGGGACACGAGCCAUGAAGACAUGGAGUCAGCAUAUGCUUGGCGCAGCGGCAGUGAUUGAUUUCCGUGGUCCGGGUCAGUUUCACGAUAGAUCUAGCGUUCAGAUCUUCCUGCAGAUUCGACGCCUCAUAGUCCUCUCCGCCUAUCAACUACAGCAACCAGUGCCCUUUUCCUUGAAGAAGUGGUCAGCCUGGCUAGAAUACUCCAGUAUUGGUGAAGAUUACGAGGUUGUUUACCUCGCCAACCGGCUUUCGGAAAUAGUUGAGAAGCUUGCAUCUGUCCGGGCCUUUAUUAAAGCACCCAAGACUCGAGGGACAGAGGACAUCUCUUCUAUGCUUUUGCCAAUCGACUUGAUGCUUCAAAGCUGGCGGAAUCAGCUCCCUACGUCCUGGAUACCCACACCUCGUCCUGCCUGCCGUUGUAAGGACUGUUUCUCGGGCAGUCAUUUUGAAGGCAUGCCUUUUGACGCCUAUCCAAAUCUAUAUGUCGCCUCACUUUGGAACAAUUAUCGUGGUGCACGCAUCCUGGUUCACGAAAUGCUAUUAUCCACCGCAACUCCCACUUCCAUCACAGCCAUAACGGACGACAAGGAAUUAUGCCCAACCAUCAACCUAUUGCGCCAGAUGAGCACUGAAAUUUGCCUCAGCGUCGACUACCAUCUGAGACCAAUUCCGGAUGACUCGUUUCCUGAUUCCAUUGAUCACUUGAAAGGAAUAGUUACAGCCUCAAUCCCUGGUGGCGAACUCCUCAUCUGGCCGCUCUUCAUGGCUGGAAUGUUGCCUACGACAAGCCCAGCACGAAGGAUGUGGAUAUCGGAUCGCCUAAGGCAGAUUGGGGCCAACCUAGGCAUUGGACUGGCGCUUUCAAUGAGCCAGGCUAUGUACAACGAGCGGCACACAACCCCCUUUUCUCACAGCGAGCUGUGGGCGUAUGAUGAUUGCCAGGCCGAAAGUGCCUGCCCUUGA